AUGUCGGACCUGGGGCACGAUCCAGUCCGUGAGCCACGGCCCAAGCGAAUCAAGAUCGACGUGGCAUGCGAUACAUGCCGUACCAGAAAAGUGAAGUGCGAUGGCGUACGUCCCUCUUGUGGGAACUGUGCGAGAAAGCUGGCCUUGCAAGGGACAUGUAAAUACAGCCAAUCUACAACCUCAUCCGGCCCUAAGCCAACCGCAGAUUCCGGACAAGGUGAACCAGGAACCGAAUCUCAAGAGUCUUUUAUUACACCCAACAGACCUAGCUCCAACGUGUUUCCAAAUUCAAAUCGAAGCGGACGUGCUGGGCCAGCCCAGCCCAUUGUAGUCGAAACCCCGAGGAGAACUUCUCUAGCUCGCCAGGCUCGAGCCUCUGAUCCAGAGGAUAGCAGUUCUCCUCGAGCGCUCUCGACAGGUAGCCGAGCACCAGCUUCGGCGCAUACCCACAGUCCUUCUGUUAUUGACUCCAUGACUGCCGUUGUGGACGAGGGGACUACCACUCGGGAGUAUUUUGGUAGCAGCAGCGCUGGCUCUUUCACGACUCAGAUUAAAAAGGCUAUUGAUGCCCGCUUGGGCCACAGAGUCUCUAUCCCUCCCCCUUUACCACCCUACAAAGGAACAACACCCACUCCUCAAAACACAAUAAACGAUGCCUACAAGGUAUUGCCAACACGAAGGCAGGCAGACCACUUACUGGGGGUGUACUGGCUAUAUGUUGAUCCACUCUAUCCUUUCUUGGACAAAGCCAGAUGGGAGAAGUCGUACCGUGCCAUCUUCGAGGGUGCAGCCACCACGAUUGAUGAACACUUAUUUCUCGCGUCCUUAAACGUGAUAUUUGCUCUCUCAUCUCAGCUCAUUGAGUCUCAGGACCCAGAUCAGAGAGAGGAAUCCAGCAGGGUAUACUUUGACAGGGCACAAGGGCUCCUACCACUAAAUACUUGGGAACCGGCAUCCAUCGAGCUUCUGCAAUAUCUGCUUCUGACCAGCCAGUAUCUGCAGAGCACUGAACGUCCACAUCAAACAUGGAUGGUUGUGGGCUCAGCUGUCCGUAUUGCACAGGGAAUUGGCUUGCAUCUGAGUGAGACUUCCGCAGAACAUUCCGAUCCGAAGGAGCGUGAAUUACUCCGGAGGAUAUGGUAUGGCUGUAUAUUGAUGGAUCGAAUGGUUUCAGUCACACACGGAAGGCCGGCAAUGAUCUCUACCUAUGUUGCAUCCGCUGUGCCCCUACCUGCUACGCCCAUAGACCGACCAGAAAUUGUCACCGGUGCUCUUGAUUCAUCUUCAACGGAUACCACCUUCUUUGUCAAAUCUGUUCAACUAUACGAACUUAUCCACCGCACCAUCCAGUCCCUUUAUUAUGGAGCGCGAUGUAAAAGUGUACAUGCAUCUAACGACGGAGGUGACUCGAGUAACGUGAAUAACAGCAAGACGGACUUGGGGAUAGUCAUGCAGUUUGAUGCCGCGCUGGAUAAAUGGGAUCGCGGCUUGCCGGGGCAGCUGAGAUGGACAUACUCUCAACCCCGCGAUCAAGUUACCCAUCGACAGGCUGUUGUCUUGUAUAUCCGAUUCCUCCAUGCACGCAUUCUUCUCCUUCGCCCCGUUCUUGCGUCUUUCUGCUUGUCUUCCCAGGGUGGUCAGCUAGUGCAGAGCGCCGACUCUCUGGAAGUUCGGACUUUGAAGGAAUGUGCAAUCAUGUGCGUUUCCACAGCACAGAAGAUAAUUUCAGUAUUGCUCAAAUACCAGGCGAUCGAUGGAUCGAUUGGAUAUCUACCGGCGUGGUGGUAUCGGGUGUACUACGUUUACACGGCAGCAACUGUGCUGAUUGCCGCCAAGUUACGACCCGAGGUCCUCCCCGAACCAGAUUUCAACCAAACAUGGGGGGAAGCCAUGUCAAUUCUCAGAGAUCAUGAAAGGUUUGGCCAAUCUGCCAAAAGAUGCGGAACAGCGCUUCAGUUGCUUUCUGCCAAGAUCCAGCAACCCGAGGGCCCUGGACCAGGGACACAAGCGGUGGAGGCGAACACCAACCAACGGUCGUUACAGACUCUUGAUCAAGUAACGGGGCCAGGUGUGGAGGAGGACUUCUCCUUCGGCAGUGGAGAUGUGAAUCAAAUGGGUUUGCAGUAUCUUGAUUUUGAUGUGAAUAAUCUGACCUGGCUGAAUGAUAUGCAAGCGGCUUGGGAACUUCUCAAUCACGAAGGCUGA